AUGAACGCUGUGGAUCUGAUGGCCAGUAGGAUACAGAAGUCGAUUAGAUACAGGGACUAUGAGACAGGUAUUUUUGCCAGUGCAUGCAUGCUUAAGCACGGAGAUGAGUUCAAGAUUCUGAUCGGAAUGCUGCUGUAUAUGAAUGGAGAGUAUUCGAGAGCGUUAUUUCAUCUACAAUGCAUGAACACAUACACUUCGAAGUACUAUGAAUGUCUGUGCUACAAGAAACAGAAGGAGUACAAGAAAGCAAUUGGCUGUAUUGAAGAGAUUUUUGAGAAGAAGGUUGUUGAUGAUCCUGAAGCAUCUGAAUGGAUUCGGGAGAUGUUUAUCGAUGCGGAGGAUGCAGAGUAUUUGCAUUCACUACUUGGAGAUCUCUAUACAUUCUGUGGCAAUAGAGAAGAAGCAAUUGAGAAAUACCAGAUGUCUUUAAGCAAAGGAUAUGUGUUUUCAUCAUUUGAGAACCUUUUGGAAGAGAAUAAGGCGCAUCUGUGUGUAAUGAAGAUGAAUGGAAAGUCAACAGAUUUGGAGGAUAUUAUUGAGGAAUAUUUGCAUGAUAGUAUUGAUAGAAGAGAUGGAGUAUUGAAUAAGCACAUGAAGAAAUACCUAGAUAAGGUGCCUGGUGUAGGAUCGUAUUUCAUCAGUAAUGCUGCAAGGAUGUAUUUCAAUCUUGGAAUGAACGAGAAGAGCAAGAUGUGCUUUGAGCUGGUUAGAAGGAAGGAUCCGAUGUUUGUGAAGAAUAUGGACUACUACUCGACUAUUCUUUGGCAUAGUAAGGAUGCAGUAGAGCUUGGAAGCCUGUGCAAAGGUCUUAUUAAGCACAUGCCUGGAUCGGCAAAUACAUGGAAGGCGCUUGGAAACUUCUACAGCCACGAGGGAGACUAUCAAAGAAGUGUAGUGUGUUUCAAAAGGAGUCUGUGUAUUGAAGAAGAUGCAUAUGCAUACACGCUUCUUGGAUAUGAAUCUAUUCAGAGGAAUGAGUAUGACAAUGCAAUGAAAUACUUCAACAUGUCAUUGCGCAUGCAUGAAGGCAAUUACAGGGCAAUGUUUGGUAGUGGACUUGUAUAUAUGAAGACUGAGAAGCUUGACAAUGCAGAGUAUUUUUUGAGGAAGGCAGUGGAAACCAAUCCAGGGAAUCUGCAAAUCAAGGUGCAUGUGAUGAAAUUCUAUACAAAGAGAGGACGUGUGGACGAGUCUAUGAAUGUGUUUGCAGACGCAUUUGGAAUGAGCGAUACAGACGUGCAUGAGAUUGUGCGAUGGGUUGUGGGUAAGAAAGGGCGGUUCAGGGAGGUAGAAGAAUUCUUGGUACUUGAGCUUGUUGAGGUUCUUGUAUUGAAGAGCCAGGCAAAACUUGCGAUGGAUGUUCUAGAGUGUGUUGAAUAUAGAGGAGAAUCAUAUAGUAAGAAGAAAGAGAUGGUAAUGGAUAUAAUUGAAUAA